AUGAGUACGCCAUUUGGUCUAGAUCUAGGUAACCACAACAGUGUUCUGGCUGUUGCCAGAAACAGAGGUAUCGACAUUGUGGUCAACGAAGUGUCGAACAGAGCAACACCAUCGAUGGUGGGAUUCGGCCAAAAAAAUAGAUUUUUGGGUGAAGCUGCCAAAAACAAGCAGACCUCGAACAUCAAGAACACCGUGGAGAGUCUAAAACGUAUCAUCGGCAUGAACUACGACGACGUGGACUUUGAGACCGAGAGCAAAUACUUUCAGUCGAAGCUGGUGAAGCUUGAAGACGGCAAGAUCGGCGCCCAGGUCAGAUUGGGCGGCGAGCAAGCCGUGUUUUCUGCCACCCAGCUGGUGGCCAUGUUCAUCAACAAGGUUAAGAACACCGUGAUCGAGGACACCAAGGGCAGCAACAUCACCGAUGUCGCCAUCGCCGUUCCAGCUUGGUACACCGAAGAGCAACGUUACGCCGUGGCUGACGCUGCCAGAAUCGCUGGCCUGAACCCAGUGAGAGUCGUCAACGACGUCACCGCCGCUGCCGUGACCUACGGUGUCUUCAAGAGCGAAAUGCCAGAGGGUGAGCAAAAGCCAAGAAUUGUCGCUUUCGUCGACAUCGGCCACUCCACCUACACCUGCAGCAUCGGUGCCUUCAAGAGAGGCGAGAUGAAAAUCUUGGGUACCGCCUACGACAAGCACUUUGGUGGUAGAGACUUCGACCGUGCCAUCACCGAGCACUUUGCUGACGAAUUCAAGACCAAGUACAAGAUCGACAUCAGAGAGAACGCCAAGGCCUACAACAGAGUCAUCACUGGCGCUGAAAGACUAAAGAAGGUCUUGUCUGCCAACACCGCUGCUCCUUUCUCCGUGGAAUCGGUCAUGAACGACGUUGACGUUUCCUCGCAAAUGAGCCGUGACGAAUUGGAGAAGUUGGUCCAGCCUUUGUUGGAGCGUGUCACUGACCCAAUCACCAGAGCUUUGUCCGAGGCCAACUUGAAGCCCGAAGACGUCGACUUUGUUGAGAUCAUCGGUGGUACCACUCGUAUCCCAUGCUUGAAGAACGCUAUCUCUGAAGCUUUCGGCAAGCCAUUGUCCACAACUCUAAACCAAGAUGAAGCUAUUGCCAAGGGUGCUGCCUUCAUCUGCGCCAUCCACUCGCCAACCAUGAGAGUGCGUCCAUUCAAGUUUGAGGAUGUUCACUCUUACUCUGUCUCUUACUCCUGGGACAAGCAAGAAGAAGACGAGGACCAUCUAGAGGUUUUCACCGCUGGCUCCCAGUUCCCUUCCACCAAGAUGAUCACCCUUCACCGUACCGGUGACUUCUCCAUGGAGGCUAACUACACCAACCCAGAAAAGCUACCAGCUGGUGUCCCUGCUCACAUCGCCAAAUGGGCUAUUUCUGGCGUGAACGUCCCAAGCGGUCAAACUUCUGUUCCAGUUAAGCUGAAACUAAGAUGCGACCCAUCCGGCUUGCACACCAUCGAGAGCGCCUACUCCGUGGAAGACAUCGAAGUCGAGGAAGAGGUUCCUCGCGCUGCCGAUGCUCCAGAAGACGCUGAGCCAGAAUACAAGAAGGUUACCAAAACUGUCAAGAAGGAUGACCUAACUAUUGUUGCUCACAAUUUUGCUCUGCCCGCUGAAAAGUUGAACGAGCUGAUCGAAAAGGAAAACGAGCUUUUCGCUCAAGACAAACUUGUUGCCGAAACCGAGGACCGCAAGAACGCUCUAGAAGAGUACAUCUACACUUUGCGUGGUAAGCUAGAUGAGGAAUACUCUAGCUUCGCUUCGGACGACGAAAAGACAAAGCUAACAGACAUGUUGGCCAAGGCUGAAAACUGGCUGUAUGAAGAUGGUUACGACUCUACCAAGGCCAGAUAUAUCGCCAAGUAUGAAGAAUUGGCUUCUUUGGGUAACAUGAUCAGAGGUAGAUACCUUGCUAAGGAGGAAGAGAAGAAACAAUCUUUGAGGGCCAAGCAGGAAGCCGAAAGAAUGGCCGAGAUGGCCGAGAAGCUGGCUGCUCAGAGAAAGGCUGAGGCUGAAAAACAAGAGGAAACCCCAAAGGCCGAUGCUGAGGGCGAUAUCGAUUUGGAUUAA